CUGCCGCUCCACUCUCUCCUUCGCGCUUUCCUCUCGGCUGUGCGCUCUCUCACCAUCCUUACCUUCGCCGCCUCUCCUCCCUCAUCUCUCUCUCCCUUCCGCUUCGCCUCAUUGGUGCUGCCCUCAUUCCUUUUUUCCAUUAAGCUCCAGGCCCAUUGGUUGCCUGCCUUCAACCAUUAUCUUCUCUCCUCCUUCCCUCUUCCUCUUUCUAUCUCUUGCCUCUCUCCUCUUUUUCUCCCUUGUUCCCUCAUCUCCAGCCGACUCUCAAGUCAAAAUUAUUUGCAUACAGGAGGACAUGAUAAGUUUUCAGGGAGCAGUGUGAGUGUGUGAGGGGUAAAGAACAAGUGGGAUAAAAGAUAAGUAAAGAAAGAAAGAAAGAAAGAAAGAAAGAAAGAAAGAAAGAAAGAAAGAAAGAAAGAAAGAAAGAAAGAAAAGAGGACGGACAUACUGGAGCAUAAAGAAGUUUGGGAGAAGACUGCAUUCUGAGACUGAAAAUGAAUUUGGAAGAGUGGUGAGCUCUUUUUCUCCAGUUUAACGUCUACUAUCUUGGGCCACGGAGGAAGCAGAGGUCUGGACCAAAGAGAAAUCUCACCCCAAACCAUUUCAGAUGGAGGUGGAUGCAGAUGAGAAGCGCCAUCGAACACGCUCUAAAGGUAUCCGAGUGCCUGUGGAACCAGCAAUACCAGAGCUGUUCAGCUGUCCUACAGAAGGCUGUGAUGGGAGUGGACACGUCAGCGGCAAAUAUGCAAGACAUCGAAGUGUGUACGGCUGCCCUCUGGCCAAGAAGAGGAAAACAGUGGACAGACAGCCUCUGGAACCCCUGGAAGUGCUGGAGCCCAUACUGGAACCCCUUGAACCAGCAUCCAAGGGGACACCACUCAUAACCCAGAUGGACAACUCUACUAUGGAGGAGAGCUACGAGACGGACGGAACGGAGGAGAUGGAUGAUAGAGAGGAGGAGGUGGAGGAGGGAGUAGAGGAUGGGGGAGAUGAGGAAGAGGAGGAGGUAGAGGAGGAGGAAGAGGAGAGAUACUCGGAUGACAAUGAGGAACAGAUGGAGCAGGAAGAAGGAGAUGUGGAGAGAGGGGAGGGAGAGGGGGAGGAGGUAGAUGUGGAACAAGAAGAGGAGGAGGAGGAGGAAGAGGGAGUAGAAGAGGAGGAAGAGGAAGAAGAAGAGGAAGAGUAUGAGGAGGAGUUUGAUGAGCAGAGUCAAGGCAAAGAGGAUGAUCAGUGUGUCGGCGGUGGCGGUCAUCCCAGAUCCGGUCCGACGGGGGAGAAGGACGACAACAACAACGAUGAAUAUGAGAAUUAUGAUGAGCUGGUGGCCAAGUCUCUGCUCAACCUAGGGAAGAUAGCAGAGGAUGCCGCCUACCGCGCCAUGACCGAGUCUGAGAUGAACAGCAACUCCUCCAACAGCGCUGAGGAAGAGGAGGAGGAAGAGGAAGAGGAGGAGGAAGAAGAAGAGGAGGAUGAGGAAGAAGAGGAAGAAGAGGAGGAGGGUGGGGAGGGAAGUCAAAGGAAGGGUGAGUUGACUCUGGAUGUGGACAGUGAUGUAGUGAGGGAGACAGUGGACUCUCUGAAGCUGCUGGCCCAGGGUCAUGGGGCUGUGCUCUCUGACAACCUGGAUGGAGGAGACUAUGAGGAAGGGACGGAGGAGAACGGGGAAGGGAGUCGUAAUGGAGGAGGUGGAGGUGGUAACGGUCAGGGUAAACCCUCUAACAGACUGGAGGAGAGUGAUGAGGAGGUGUGUCUAAGCAGCCUGGAGUGUCUGAGAAACCAGUGCUUCGACCUGGCCCGUAAACUGAGUGAGACGCAGCCGGCCGACCGCUUGGGCACAGGCCUCGCCCAUCAGAGCUACCCUGGCGGUGGGGACACCCAGGGGCAGCACCCACAUCUCAACCCCCACUCCCUCCCCCACCAGCCUUGGUACGGGGAUCUCCAGCAGAGCCAGGAGGAGAGGCGCACCCUGGAGAGGAACUACUCUGACAUGGUGAACCUGAUGAAGCUGGAGGAGCAGCUGAGCCCACGCUCCAAGGCCUUCUCCAGCUGCUCUCAAGACGACCACUACCACAACCACAUCCACGACCGGGACGAGGACACGCGGUCUGUGACGUCAGACCACUCGGAGGAGGUGUUCGACAUGACCAAGGGGAACCUGUCUCUGCUGGAGAAGGCCAUCGCGCUAGAGUCUGAGAGGGCCAAGGCCAUGAGGGACAAGAUGGCUGCCGAGGCAGCGCGGAGGGACAGGGUGAGGUAUCAUCAUCACCAUGGAGGCCAUCAUGGGGAGCACCAAUCACGGCACGGCUACGGAGAGGAGCGCAAGGCCCGACUCCAUGAUGGGAUGAAGAAGCCCUACUACCAUAAAGAUUUAUCGCGCAGUGACAAGAAGGAGAGCCGGUGCCCGACGCCAGGCUGUGAUGGCACGGGUCAUGUGACGGGGUUGUACCCUCACCAUCGGAGCCUGUCUGGCUGUCCGCACAAAGACAGGGUACCACCUGAAAUCCUUGCUAUGUAUGAGAAUGUUCUUAAGUGUCCUACACUGGGCUGCACGGGACGCGGCCAUGUCAAUAGCAACAGGAACUCCCACAGAAGUUUGUCAGGGUGUCCCAUCGCUGCAGCAGAGAAGCUGCAGAAAGCCCAGGACAAGAGCAUCUGUUGUGACGGCUCCUCCAAGUCUAACCAGGGUUCUGACCGCGUGCUCAGGCCUAUGUGCUUUGUGAAACAGCUGGAGAUCCCUCAGUACGGCUACAAGAACAACGUGUCCACCAGCACGCCGCGCUCCAACCUGGCCAAGGAACUGGAGAAGUACUCUAAGACCAGCUUUGACUACAGCAGCUUCACUGACAGCAGCCACAGCAACAAUGUCUACGGCAAACGGGUCAUCGCACCCAAACUCCAAGGCAGGGACACUUCCCCUAAAGGAUAUGAUGCCAAGCGCUACUGUAAGAACUCCAGCUCGGCAAGUAGCACGACCAGCACCUACGCCCCCAGCAGCAGCAGUAGCAGCCUGAGCUGUGGAGGAGGGGGCGGAGGGGGAGGCAGUAGUGCCAGCUCCACCUGUAGUAAGAGCAGCUUCGACUACACCCACGACAUGGAGGCUGCUCACAUGGCCGCCACGGCCAUCCUCAACCUGUCCACGCGCUGCAGAGAGAUGCCCCACGGCCUGGGAGGAAAACCCCAGGAUCUGUGUACUCGGAACCCAGACCUAGAGGUAGAUGAGAACGGGACAUUAGACCUUAGCAUUAAGCAGCGUUUGGGGGAUGGAGUGGGUGCAGUGCUUACCCCCCUGGAGCCCAUGUCGCCCCAGCGCCUGAUGCGCUACGGCAUGGGGGAUGACUGCUGGGACCUGCCAGUUGAUUACACCAAGAUCAAACGCAUCGACGAGGACAGCAAAGAGACAAAUGACCUGGACCCGUUCCAGGAGCUGCUGGAGCAGCGAGGUUACUCUGAUGAUGUCACCAUGCACAGCACCAAGCCCAAGUACGCCCAGUGCAAAGAGAGCAAGAAGGACCUGAUAACUCUCUCUGGCUGUCCUUUAGCCGACAAAAGCAUUCGAAGUAUGAUGGCUACCAACUCACAAGAGCUCAAGUGCCCGACACCGGGGUGCGAUGGUUCUGGGCAUAAUACUGGCAACUAUGCAUCACACAGAAGUCUAUCAGGGUGUCCGCGGGCCAGGAAGAGUGGAAUGAAGAUAACACACAGUAAAGAGGACAAGGAGGAUCAGGAGCCCAUCAGGUGUCCGGUCCCGGGCUGUGGCGGUCAGGGUCAUGUGACAGGGAAGUAUGCAUCUCACCGCAGUGCAUCAGGCUGCCCCCUAGCGGCCAAGCGGCAGAAGGACGGUUACAUGAAUGGCUCCCAGUUCACAUGGAAGGCUGGGAAGACAGACGGCAUGUCCUGUCCCACCCCGGGCUGUGACGGCUCGGGUCACGUCAGUGGGAGCUUCCUCACACAUCGGAGUUUGUCGGGCUGUCCUCGUGCCACCUCUGCCAUGAAGAAAGCCAGACUGUCUGGACUGUCUGAAAUGCUAACGAUAAAACAGCGCACCAGCAACGGAAUCGAAAAUGAGGAAGAAAUUAAACAGCUGGAUGAAGAAAUCAAAGAUUUAAGUGAAUCAAAUUCACAAGUGGAAGCAGAUAUGAUCAAACUUAGAACACAGAUUACCACAAUGGAGUCUAAUCUGAAGUCAAUAGAGGAAGAAAACAAGGUGAUUGAACAUCAAAAUGAAUCUCUCCUGCAUGAGCUGGCCAGCCUCAGCCAGACACUGAUUAACAGUUUAGCUAAUAUCCAGCUCCCUCAUAUGAAACCGCUGGCACACAAAGAGGCUUCCAUUAGAAAUAACAGCUGCUUACAGAUGCAUCAGAGAGAGCCGAUCAGCGAUCAGAACUUUGAUGCUUAUGUGACCACUCUAACAGACAUGUACACUAACCAGGAGCAUUACCAGAGUCCAGAGAACAAAGCCCUGUUGGAAAACAUCAAACAAGCAGUGCAAGGAAUCCAAGCGUAACCCAGC